UAAUUUUAGUCGCGGAAAGUUCGGCGGGCGUUUUGCGCACGUUUUCCACGUAAUCGGCAAUCUUUGGCGCCGUUCCAGAGUGCGUGACUGACAACUUUCUCAACUGUCGACUCGAGUUCCGUCUCUCGUAGCGUUUUCCGUCGUCAGCUUCAUUAACGGAAUAUGUUCACUAACGUAGACGUGUGUGGAGUCCCGAGAGGUCGAUGUGGUCGGGAACAGUGCGAGUGCGAUGGCUUCUCGCGCAUGUACGUUGAAACACACGUCAGUGCGAGUGGCAUGAUACACAGUGGCUGGUGCUCCUACUGCGGGCAUCCGCCGGUCAAUCACUCUCGCUUCGAGAGAAACAUUUGUGGCCGCCAAGAAAUCCUCUCGCUCAGCUGGCAAGGUGCCCGGCCACCACCGCUUAGUCUACCCGCACGCCCUUGGAACAGUUUGACGGAAGGAGCACACUCCACGGCGGACGAUGUCAUUGUGGUUGAACCUGAGGAGGUUAUGUGCGAGACUGGUGCGCCUGAUAAUGAAAAGACCGAGGUGGCGACACAGCCUGCAGAAAAGGAACCAUCAGAUCAGCACUCUGGUCUGAAGAGAAAGCGCAGUGACGAGGAUACUUCCACUUCAAGUGGAUCCAGUUCGCAAAGCAAGGAUCUCUUGCAGAAAGUCGAGACUCUAGAGCACGAGAACAGCGAGCUGAAAAAGCUACUGCUUGAGCAAAACAAGCUUACCACAACAGUUGCCACGUUGGUUGAAGUGGUGAAGAAGCUUGAGCGGCGGCUGUCUGAGCCAAAGAGCGGACACGAGGACAACUCGUCUUCUGAGAAAAGUCCUCAGGAAAGCGUAAGGAGAAGUGGCAGGAAUGGCAGAAAGAACCAACAAUGCGACCAACAAUGCGAUGCCACUACAGACGGCUCGGUGACAAUUGGUGAAGGUGUGACAUUGACGAAGGAGGAGCUGGAAAAACUUUGGCAGACGCCUAACCUCAAUGCAACCAAGUUUGUUCGCAGCCUGUGCCUGACUGUGUUCACACCUGCGGGCCUUGAGGGCAAAUGCCUAAAAAGAAAGGGUGGGAACAGAAACAAAGAAAUCUUGGAUCCGGUUCGGCUGAAAACCAUUAUUGACUACACAUUAUCGCAAUUUGACGCCAACAAUUGCGAUUUGCGAAAAGCCAUCUCCUCCCUGCUAUUCCAUCAGCGCUCGGGAACCACUCCGUGAUUGAGUUACUGGAUAUGAACAUCGUCGAAGUGACAAUGCAGCCUCAUUUUGUAUUUGUUUUCUAUAGCUUCAUUGUCAUGGCUAUAUCUAUUAUAAAUGAGUUCAUUUCAUAUUCAUUUCUUGUUCAAGUUCACUUAUUGCAUGCUGCUGUAAUUCACAUGUCACUUUUGUUGUGCCAAAAGAGUACACACAAUAAAUACAGUCAAACCUCCUUUUAACAAACUUGCAUCUUCUCUAAAAUAAGUUCAUUAUAACGUAAAUUUUUAAAAGUUCUAUUCUUAGCACUAGUCUAUUGCAAGACUGCUUUUCAUUUACUUUGUUAUAACCCAUAUUUUGUUAUAUCUGGGUUCAAUAUCUCAUGGCUUGGGUGUAUCAAGCUGUGAUAUAUGAACUGGUUCAUAAGGUAGUAGAACAUGCUAACAGUAUGUUUGCACAAGUGAGUGAUUUUAUUUUUAGAAUGCUUUUUAUUCAUUGUCAUGUUUUACAAAAUGAAUUACAAUACUGCGUUUUCAAAACUGAUGUGCAAGUCUGUGUGGCCACAAUGUAACUUCAUUUUUGUGGGGCAUUUAACUGGAUUCUCAUAACUGUGUUAGUUGUGUGUGUAUUCAUCUUGUUUUCAUUUUUUAAUGCAUAUUCCUACAUGUGUCUGUAAUGUUCCGUGUCGUGUUUGUUGGGUCAAGGAUAGCAGGCAAUCUGAUGCCCACUUGUUUACAACCGAGCAGUGUUCUAGUUCGAUUUUCAUGCCAAUAAAUGUGUGCUUUUUUUUGGAAUGCU